UGGCAAUUCCAUACCUUAUUCUUAGUCCACCAAGCAGAACCGCCGAAAUACUUGGCGAGGGGCCAAAGGAGAAUCACUUGAUCAUCCCACUGACGCUCGUGGCCUUCCAGCAAGCGAAGCAAAAGCAAACUCUUGCUGCAAAGGCUCAGCAGCGCCUCCAAAGUGCCUGCCUUGAGCUCGAACAACGACGAGGACGAGAUGGCGGUUCCAGGCGAUGGACCGAGUGCCAGCCCCAAUGGCAGCCAAUACCUUUCGCCAGUGCGACAAUCGAUACAAUCGAGCCACCGACCCCAUCUCUCCACGACCAUGUCGAACACACAGGUUAUUCCAGGGCCGAGCUCGCCGACGAAUGACAGUCCGAUCACGCCCAGCAGCGCAACACAGGGUGCCUCCAUAGAACAGAGCGUGCGGCUGUUCAAGGUGUUCGAAGCCUUGCGUAAUGGGGACACGGCAGCAAUCGCGAAGGCCACGCGGGCGGAGGAUGGAGCGAAGCUGGAAGGGACGACCAUCCUGCACCUGGCGAUACAAUGUGCUGAAAUGGCGGUAAUUGAGUAUGUACUCUCUCAGCACGAUGCGGACAUCAAUGCCCGAGAUCGAGACGGCAACACUCCUCUACACAUUGCUGCAUCUCUUGGGCGUGUGCCAGUGGUGAAGCUUCUGCUCGAGCAGCAGGACCUCAACGACUCGAACGCAAACCACCAGGGCAAGACCGCAUUAGAUGUGGCUCGCAGUCCGGAAAUCUUCCAGAUGUUGCGGCUGGCGAGGUCCGUAUAUAUUGACCAGCAGGUCCGCACGAUACACCAGCUCGUUGCGAAGGGUGACUAUGCUAGUCUGGAGGAGCUGCUGAACGACAGCCGGGUCAGAUCGAUAAUAGACAUCAAUAGCCCAGAGCUUGCGACGGAGUCGGCAACCACAGCAGACUGGGGAAGUCUGCUCCACGAGGCGGCACGAAAGAAAGACCUGAAGUUGGCACAACUAUUACUUCUGAAUGGCGCAGAUCCGUUUCGCCGAGAUCGUAAAGGCAAGCUGCCCCAAGAUGUCACCAAAGACGACAAGACGCGAGCGAUUCUCAAGAGAUCGCCAGCUGCUGCAGCGGCGCAAAGGCAGAUACAGGAACAGACGAUCCUCGGUGGUGGUCCUCAAGCCAGCGGAGUGCCGACCGGAGAGGGAGGACCUGGCAGCAAAGAGAGUCGGGAGAUGAAGGGAUAUUUGAAGAAGUGGACGAACUACACCUCUGGCUACAAAUUGCGUUGGUUCGUGCUGGAAGAUGGGGUACUGUCCUAUUACAAGCACCAAGAUGACGCUGGAAGUGCCUGUCGGGGCGCCAUCAAUAUGCGCAUUGCAACCCUGCAAAUGGACCCCAAGGACAAGGACAAGCUACACUUCGAGAUUCAUGGCAAGAGCUCGGUCAAGUACGAUCUGAAAGCGAAUCACCAGGUGGAAGCAAAGCGGUGGUUUUGGGCGUUGAACAACGCCAUUCAGUGGGCGAAGGAUGAAGCCAAGGAAGAACAACGGCGCGAACGACAGGAAGCCAGCGCCAAGCAUGAGCAGCUCGAGCGGAUCAGGACGAGAGAGGCUGAUGUAGCCCAUGGCGGAGCUGGCCUUACACCAGGCACCGCCGUUAGUGGCCUCUCGACACCUGUAGCUGCCAGUGCGCUUGGUGAUGGCAACUUGAGCGCUUACGACCCUAGCGAAGCCGAUGGCGGCUCGGUGGCUAUUCGCAACUUGAGCCGAACGGGCACCGCCACCAUCGAGGGCGAUCUUGACGACGAUGAAGAGUAUGGCGAUGACGCGAGUAGCCACGAGAUCAAGCCUGCCAACAAGGACGCCUUCAGUAUUACAGCACAGUCGGCUAAGCUCCAACUUGAUCUGCUCGAGCAAGUUUCUGCUGCACUACGCAGCGAAAAGGAUAAGAGUCCAAACACAACGCUAGGUCACCCGACUGUAGCGCAAGCUUUAUCGUCAUAUGAGAUGGCCGUAGGCAACCUCAAAGGCCUGCUCAUGGACCUCCUCCGAAUAUCACGUGAUCAUGAGGCGUACUGGCAGUACCGACUUGACCGUGAACAAAAUGUCAGGAGGCUUUGGGAGGAUAGCAUGGCCAAGGUGGCGCGAGAACAGGAGGAACUCGAAAAUCGCAUUGGCGAAAGCGAGGAUAAGAGGAAACGGACCAAGAAGGCGUUGAAAGAGGCCCUCGAUGGAACGGCGGCUGCAUCCAGAGCCGUCUCACCCUUGGUCGCAGGCGGAGACACUACACAACCUCUGCUAGAUAUUCCUCCAGGACAUGCUGCGAAGAAACGCCACACUAUUGCUGAGCUUACGAACAACGAAAUUUCUGACGACGAGAGUGAGGAAGAGGACGAAUUCUUCGAUGCUAUUGAUGCUGGCGUAGUGGAAGUAGUGGAUACGCUACCAGAACCACCUAAGUCGCCCGGACCAACAAUGGCUCACAAAGAUGGCGCGCGAGAUACCUCUGCUGUUGAAGCUGAGAGGCAACAGAAGGAGCAACAAAUCUCGAAAAGCUAUCGUGGUUACGAGGAUGGUCUGCGGAAACGUCUUAAGAUCGAUGCAGACAAUAGACCAAAGGUCUCGCUCUGGGCUGUGCUCAAGUCCAUGAUAGGCAAAGACAUGACCAAGAUGACACUGCCUGUCACAUUCAACGAGCCUACAUCCCUUCAUUAUGCUGUGGUGGCAGACAUGGAGUAUACAAAUCUCCUCAACACCGCAGCUGAUCGUACCGACUCUUCAGAGCGCAUGGUCUAUGUUGCUGCGUUUGCAGCUUCUGAGUACGCAAGCACAAUCGGCCGUGUGGCCAAGCCAUUCAACCCACUUCUUGGUGAGACGUUUGAAUAUGUACGCCCCGACGAAGGCUAUCGAUUCUUCAUUGAGCAGGUCGCCCAUCACCCGCCCAUAGGAGCAGCCUACGCGGAGUCGUCCAAGUGGACCUACUAUGGCGAGUCCAACGUAAAGUCGAAAUUCUAUGGCAAAUCGUUCGAGUUCAACCCCACUGGUACAUGGUACCUUCACAUUCGACCUAUCGACGGCAGUCCAGAAGAAGUAUACACCUGGAAAAAAGUCACAUCUUCAGUGGUGGGCAUCCUGACUGGCAAUCCUGUGGUUGACAACUAUGGCCUCAUGGAAGUCAAGAACUGGACGACCGGCGAGACCGCUGUGAUCGACUUCAAGCCACGUGGCUGGAAAGCAUCCUCUGCCUUUCACGUGUCCGGUAAGGUCCUCGACAAGGGAGGCAAGACGCGUUGGUCCCUUGGUGGCAGGUGGAACGACAAGAUCUACGCUCGUCUGACGCCUGGCUACGAAGGGUCGGUAGGUCCCAGCGAAGGCUCUGCGGAAAAGGGUGACAAGGCGUUCCUCGUGUGGGAAGCUCACUACAGACCACCACUGGGCGAGAUUCCCUUCAACCUCACCCCCUUUGUGGUGACACUGAACGACCUGCCUGACAAGUUGAGACCUUUGAUUGCCCCUACGGAUUCUAGACUCCGACCUGAUCAAAGAGCCAUGGAAGAUGCCGAGUAUGACUUGGCUGCCGAGGAGAAAACUCGGGUCGAAGAAGGACAGCGCGCGCGAAGACGGAUAAGAGAGGCCAAGGGAGAAGAAUUUGUUCCUCGAUGGUUUGCCAAGGCCAAACACCCUGUCACUGGCGAAGAAUUCUGGAAAUUUAAUCACGAAUACUGGCAAAUCAGAGAUGAGGUUGCCGCAGGCACGAGGAAUUGGGGCAGUGAGAGGCUGGAGGAGAUUUUCUAAGCUUUUAGAAUGAAUAAUGGAUCUGUGCGAUGACCAUGAAAUGAUAUAUGUAUGGAAUCAUGCAGAAGCUGUUGAUCUCAUUCUUUUUCAUCAUGAUCUCGACACCUAGUCCAUUGUCAUUAGUAAGCUGCAGCCAAAUGACUACAGCGCUGUGCGUCUCCUUCGCGUACUAGUCCAUACAAGCACGGCGGCCACUAAAAUAUAUGUGCAAGGAGACAUUGCAAAGAGAAACUGAGGUCAUUCCCCUCGGCCAGGAGAGGUCGCUUUGAUCGCUGAACGCAGAGCAAAAAAAAGGCAGUAUAAGAUCUGCUGGAGUAUAAUGGCCGGCGUAAUCCAGAUUGGGGUAUCAAACAGUCAAAAGAAUUUCGUAACGUCGGUCCAAGAGCAGUGAUGCUAAGGGGUGUUGUUGCAGCACCCGCAGUAGGUGCGGGCUUACACCUCCGUCAUAUUAUCCAUGUAAGCCUUCCAAUAGGUAGUAAGCAGCGAGAGGACCUGACGUUGGGUCAUUGCGUCCUCGCAUGCAACCUGUAACGAAGUUCCGUCGUCAAAUUCCAGUACAACGGAAUGCGGCAGCUCCUGCUGAUCAAGAUCUGGCACAAAGGGUGCCUUAAACUCCGUAAGAGGAUAUCUUUUCAUGGCAACGCCUCGAUGAAUGUCCAUGGCUUGAGCAAUGGCAAAUUGCAGAACGCCAUAAUCAUCAACAGUGACAAUGCGCCGUUUCCACAGUAGAGAGUCUGGAAAUUGAACAUUUAGAUCGCCCACGACGGCAGCAGGUGGUGUGUCAGACUUUGUCGCUGCCACGCUCAUAGGCCGAGCACUCUGGGGAGGCGAGAGAGUGCUCUGGGAUUUCAGCGGGCUUCUCGAGGCAGGUGGCGAGUGCGGUCCACUCUUCUUUUUGGGUCCCGCCAAUACGCUCAUGCGCUUGAAGAAGCGGCUGGCUUUGUUGCCCUCCUUAGGGGCAAUAUUUUCGUCAGGGACUGGAAGCGACAUGGUUGAAGAGAUGCGAAUAUUGGGCGGCGGCGGGGGAAAUUCAUCUAGAGCGGGUGUCGAAUGAUGCCUCUGCAACCCGAAUCGACGUCCACGAGAAUGGGAGUGCAGCGAACGGGAGUCGAUUGACUUUAUAGAAUGGGCUGAGCUUUGGGGAGGGUCGACCUCAAUCGCUGGUGUCGUAGGCGUCUUGAUAACUUCAUCACCAGAGGAUGGCUCUGGAAUUGUCGCCGUUCGCGUGGUGAUGGGCAUUGGCACACCCGGACGAGCGAUGCGCGUGGAGACAGACACGGUAUUUCUAUUGGUAACAGGGUCGUGUUGCACACUCCAGGCUGGCCGAUCCUCCUCAGAGGGUGUAGUCAGUGUAGGUGUGGUUGCCGCGCUAUGUCUGCUUUGACGUCUGUACGAGGCUCGAGAUCCUGGCGGAGUCCUGCGACUUGAUUUCCCAGGCCCUCCCGGGGAUGCAGCAGUCGAUGGAGGGCUCGAUUCCUUGAUUGACCGCUCUGUCAGUGCCUGUAUGCGUUUCGAGAUGCCAGACGACACAUUGCGGGCGCGUGCAGCGGAUGCCGACUCUUGAUUCUUCGCGGGGGAUGCGGGGGAAGAACCAAGCCAAGGUGACCGCACUUCAUGAUCUGAUGCUUCACUUGGAGCAGAUUUAGCCGCUCUAGCCAUCUGUACAGAGUUGACCGAAGCGAGGGUUUCAGCGCUCAAACGCCUCGCAUGGAACGCUAAUGCUAUGGGCGACCUGGCAACUGUUAUGGGCUUCGCCUCCUGCACUGUAGCACUAUGCAAUUCUUCGAAGAAUUCGUCAUCAUCAGAGUCCAGAUCGUCAUCGUCUGGAUUUCCCGGGGUUGUGUCAAGCGACAAUGGCUCCACGAUUCCUCGUCUGCGCUUCGCCACAUCCAUUGUUGAGCUUUGAACAUCGGCAUUAUCAUGAUCUUGCUUAUCAUGAUCUUUCACAGGCUCUGCUGCGUCGCCAUCUUCCUGGUCGGAUUCGGCAACGAUUUCAGUGGCAGAUACUCGCGGAGGUGUCUCAUCUGCCAGCACUAUCCUUGGCCCUCUCGUCGUACCUUCACUGCCAUGCUCCGAUACUGUUGGCUGCUCUGUGGGCGUUUGACUGGCUGUCGUUGAAGCUGCAUCAGUAUGGAUGUCCUCGUGAUCGCCAUUGUCGAUGUUGGAACUUGGGUCAUUCAAAGUUGUUGUCGUCUCGCUCGAGGGCACUUCUAACUCUUCUUCAUCAGAACCUAAAGCGACCACGGCAUGUUCAGGAACCUCCUCAAUCGUCUCUUCGGUCCGUUGAGUAUCAGGAGUACCAUAUCGGAUCUCGAUGCCUGAGUCUGCUUUGGACGACUGAUUCUGGCUUUCGUCAUCGGUGCUGUUCACUUCGGGUUCCUGUUCUGAAUUUGCCUUGCUCUGACUUUGAUGCUGCGGCACAGGGGACUUCGCCUCAACCACUGCAGAUGGCUGGCGCACAUCUGGUACAGCUGGUACAUCUGGUAGUUCUUCGUUGAUCGGAUUGAACGUUGUGCCGUGCGACUUGCGCAUCUGCUUUCUGCGCAGCUCCACAGCUUUCAUGAGUCUUAGCUUGUCUGCGCUCAUAGGGCCAGGUUUGUGCGAAGGUGCUGAUCUGAUGCUCCCGCGCGACAUCGGUCGCGGAGUGUACAUGGGAAUUUCUGGCGCCGAUGGUAACGCAGGUGCUGCAGACUCGAGAGGUGAUGGGGCAGUUGCCGAUCGAGGCAUGAAAGGCUGGCCUUGCGACUGUGGCGUGGUUGGUUCCUGCUUUUUGGGAACAGUCUUCACGUUGCCAGGCACGGCCGAGACUCUAGGUGCUGCCGGGCGCUUCACCUUAUCCGGCGCGGUGAUCGGUCGUGGACCAAGUUUAAUCUUUGGUUUGAAUAAUGCAUCAUACUGACUGAAGUCGUACGGGUCAUCGUCCAUUGACUGCGAGCGCAUAAGCGAGAUUGCGCCGAGUGACUGUCGACGUUGUGGGAGUUCAGUAGCCUCUCCUUCUGGUGACUGCGAGCUGGAUUCAAGGUCACUGCGCGUGACAGUAAUGUCGAUUGCGUGAGCCGACUGUGCCUGAGGGACCAUUGUGUCAGACUCAGGACCAGGCGAUGCACUUAUUCGUGGAGCCUCUGCCGGAAGUGAUGCUGGUGGUUCGUGUGAUGUCGAUGGGAGUGGACCAGGGUUGAUGGCAGACGGAACAUUUAGGCUAGGUACUUCAGCUGGCGUUCCUAUUGACAGCCCUGCGGCAGGUGGGGUGUUGGGGUUGAGUGAAUGCAGUGAAGUCAUGGAACGUUGUGCUCGCUUCCCAAUACCUCGAUCUGCUCCGUAUCUUUGCGGACCCAAUGUUGUCGCCGCAGAAGUGUUGGCGCUGCUAGAGUCUCCCUGAGCACCAUCAUCUUCCUCCUCUUCACGCAACUCGUCGAGACGGCCGGGGCCGGGAGAUGGCGACGCGGUGUGCAGGUGGAAGGAAGCGGCGAGAGCGGUGUCAUUCAACCCAUCGCUGUCUGUUAGCUCCAGCAGCGUUUCGUGAGGUGCAUAGUGUUCGAGCACAUCUUGGAGGUGGACCAACGUUCGAGCCUGCAAAAGUCGUGAAGUCCCCUCUGGUAUAUACUUUAUGAGUAUACGCCGCCGUCGAUACAUGAGCAGCCCAUACAGCGGCGAAGCCUCUGGGUAGGCCGCCAGCGCAUUGCGUGCUUCAGAUACGCCAUGUUUGCCUUUGCUCAACAAAUUCACCGCGUCUCUUGAUUCGUACUUCAGCAGGAACCAUCCUCCAGCCUCCGCAAUGGCCGACUGGUAUGCCUCCUGAACUUCGGUCGCAUCGAGGCCAUUCAAUGACAUGACGCUCGAGUGGUACGGGAAGUUCCUUCAGGUGCGCUCUACGAAGCGUUGGCAUCCAAUGGUCCUAGAUUAGAUCGGUUGUCGCAGAUUGGUGGCAUCGGCGCGUGAGACAUUACACCUGGUGAAGUGGCUGCUUGGUGGGAGAAGUCG